AUGAGGUGGAUCAUUAUUCUUCUGUCCUCGUUUAUAGCUUUCGCUGCGACAGGUAAACAUUUUAAUGGCAACGGUCCUUUUAGAAAGCCUCAUAGAAUAGAUGACCAUCCUGAAGAUGCUUGUAGACAUCCUCCACACGUAUCGUCUUCUAUAAGUGAAACCGUAGCAACUUUAAAUGUAUCAACUACGAUCUAUUCCACCAACGAACAGAUCACAAUUACUUGGACAUCCGUAUCAACUGUAUGUCACGAUGAUUUUAUUGCAAUUUAUUUUGCAGAGAUUCCUCUUACUGCUGCUUGUGAUUAUUACGAUUAUGAAGUUGUUAAUAAAACCCAAGGUAGUAUGUCAUGGCAAAUGAUUAAUCUUCGUCGUCCAUUAGAAUUUCGUUAUUACUCACGAGAUCAUACUUGUUUGGGCAAUUACACAUUUCUUGCUAAAUCUCCUGUUAUUCAACCACGCAAUUACAAUGAGCCAACACAUAUUCAUUUAGCUUAUAGUGAUCGAAUAGAUCAAAUGUUUGUUUCCUAUUUAACUAAUUCAUCACAAUAUAUUCCUCAAUGUCAAUAUGGAUUAAAUCCAUCAUCAUUAAACUUUCGUCAAAAUGGAACAACAACAACUUAUACAGCAUCAGAUAUGUGUGAAGGAAAGGCGAAUACAUGGGGUUCACGAGCAUUUAUCGAUCCGGGAUAUAUGCAUACUAUUUUAUUAGAAAAUCUUCAUCCAUCAACAACAUAUUAUUAUCGUGUAGGAACUGAUGAACAUGGUUGGUCACCUAUCAAUUCAUUUACAAAUCGUCCGGCAGAUAAGAAUGAAGCAGUCUAUAUGAUUGCAUAUGGUGAUAUGAGUUUGGCUCCCCUUGCACCAGGUUCACAGUCCACGACAGAUCGGGUUAUAGCUCGAGUACAAUCAACAAAUGUUACUUGUGUGUUACAUCUGGGUGAUCUUAGUUAUGCUAUGGGUAUUGCUGUUCAAUGGGAUGGAUUUAUGAAUCAAAUUCAGCCAAUAGCAGCUCAUGUACCUUAUAUGGCUGCAAUAGGUAAUCAUGAAUAUGAUCAUGUAUUAGGUGGUGAAAAAGAUCCAAGUGGUGCAUCUGGCCCAGGAGGAUUUCGACCAGCAUGGGGUGAUUAUCUUUAUGAUUCACGUGGUGAAUGUGCAAUUCCAAUGGUUCAUCGUUUUCAUUCUCCAUCAAAUGGAAAUAGUCUUUUUUGGUAUAGUUUUGAUGUUGGACCAAUUCAUAUAAUUCAUUUUUCAACAGAACAUGAUUUUCGUCGAUCAUCAAUUCAAUAUGCAUGGCUCGAACAAGAUCUUCGUUCAGUAAAUCGUUCUCGUACUCCAUGGCUUAUUGUUGGUUCACAUCGACCAAUGUAUGCAUCAAUAAGAGAUGAUUCUAAAGAUUUUGAUUUUAUUGCAUUAAUGUUACAAUUUCAUUUGGAACCAUUAUUUUAUAGAUAUCAUGUUGAUGUUAAUCUCUUUGCACAUCGACAUUCAUAUGAUCGAACAUGUCCAAUGUAUCAACGGAAAUGUGUAUCAGAUGGAGUAACACAUGUAUUAAUCGGAAUGGCUGGCCAAGAUAUAGACACUGGUGAAUAUACAGGUGCUGAAUGGAGUAUGUAUCAUGAUGAAGUAUAUGGAUAUUGUCAAUUAUGGGCUAAUCAAACAUAUUUACAUUUUACAUAUCGUCACAAUAUUGAUGAUAAUAUUGCUGAUCAAUUUGUACUUCAGAAAUAA